GUCAAAAAUACUACUUCUGCACCAGUUGAUCAGUGAAGAAUAUAGCGACGCAAAGCAAUUAACCAUGGUAACCGGAAAUCUUACACCCUUGGAAGAAGGCGUCAGUUUCACUUCGUCGACCGUGCCUGAGACAAAAGGCGCAAGCUCCGAACCACCCAUCUCCCGGGUGGAGCGCAGAAGCAGGCUGUCGUCCAUGGUCGCAGUGAACGUCACCGCCGAGAACAAGGUGAACUUCGGAAUCCCCUCCCGUCAGAGCAUGGCAGAUUUUGCCCUCGAAAAACACGGCGAGGACGACUGGAGGAACAAAGUCCACCAUUUUUUGGGCCAGAAGUGGCUCCAGCUGACCCUCAGCGGCCUCCUCGUGGCAGAUGUGCUUAUUAUUUUCGCCGAGCUGUUUUUGCAGGCGGAAUACCCCAGCUGUCGCCUAGUCGAGCGGGACUGCGAGGCCUGCUGUAGCGGAAGCGGCGCCGAACGGUGGCUUGCGGGGAGUGGUCACGAUGAGGUAUGCGAGGCGGGAUACGAACCGAUCGGUGUGCCGGGAUGCGAUAGCUAUAAAUGGCACACCGUUCACGUCAUCGAAGAAGUUUUGUUUUAUACCACGGUGGGCAUUCUCUCGUAAGUAUGUUUCGUGUUUCUGAAAUGAAAUCAAAUGGACCUUUUUUCUGCCAGUAUCAGCUGCUGUCAUAAGCGAAGGAACAGUGAAGAAGGCAUGUUCAACCGAUUAUUGCAAAUACCGAUCGAUCUUUUGUUCGAGUUGCAAAAACAGGUUAACCACCAUUCUCACGUUUGCGCUUGCUUUCUUUUCUUCUUGUCACUUGAUGUGCCAUGACUUCAUAACAAUGCGGCGUACCAACCAACGAAACAACAAACCUAAUCUGUACCCAUCCGGUGCCCCGCCGUUUGCAGGAUCUUUUUGGUAGAGAACCUUGUCGAAAUGGCCGUUUUGGGAGUGCGCAAGUACUUUCAGCAGGUGUUUUUGGCACUGGACUUUUUCGUCGUCACGAUCAGCCUUACAAUGGAGCUAACCCUGCACCUCAUGCAUUCCCAGCUAGGGCAGAUGGUUGCCAUCCUCGUCAUAUUUCGACUCUGGCGGUUCGUGCGGAUUGGCCACGGCAUCAUGGAGGUUGCCUCGGAAUUGACCCACGACCAGUAUUUGCCCCUCAUCGAUUACGUAAUGGAUUGCGAGGACAAGAUGAGGCAGGCAGGCAUCAAGAUUCCCGAAAAGACCCAAAAAUGCAAAAAGCUUCUGGAGGACGGUCACCACUGAUAAUUUCAUUUGCUGAGCACAAUAAUUUAUCAAGAGCAAU